UCAAUCUGUCAACUUUAAUCUUUAUGCAAAAUAAAAAAGACCAUUAUUUUUAAAAUCUAACAAUGAAUGCUACAGCCACUAUGGUUAAAACUGUCCCACCAAGGGUUGGACACGUCGCCGUGGCAGAGAAUAACUUGAUGAUUGUUUGGGGAGGGUACAAGGAUGAUUAUAAUUCAUAUAGAGAAAAAUAUUUAUCCGCAAAAACCAUUAUGGUGUACCAUACAGACCUUGAUGUUGGUUAUUGGACCCAACAUGUAACCGAGGGUGACAUUCCACCAGGAACCUCUGGUGCUUCAGCCUUACUAAUUGCAAGUAAAAUGUAUAUAUUUGGAGGUCAUACGGAGGAAGGCAACACAAAUGAAUUAUACUGUUUAGACUUACAACAGCUGACAUGGAAACAUAUAAUACCAGAAUCAGAACUGCUACCAAGUCCUAGAGAUAAAUUUACAGCUUGGUCUUAUAAUAACAAAUUAUAUUAUUUUGGUGGUUUUGGUGUGAAUAUAAGAACAGGAAAGUAUCUUUAUGAAAAUGGAGAGUUUGUCAUGGACACUAAUUCCACAGUACCACAAGACAGGGAAUGGAAUAAUCAACUUCUUGUGUAUGAUAUAGAAAGCAAUAGAUGGAGUAACCCAAGGUGCAAGGGACCAGUACCAAUUCCUCGAGCAGCUCACACAGCAGUCAGAUUAAAAAAUGUGGUAUAUUUAUUUGGUGGUCGUCAUGGCAGCAAAAGAAUGAAUGAUCUACAUUCAUUAGAAUUAGAAACUCUUACUUGGUCAGGAGAGUUAUAUGUUGAAGGUGCCUGUCCAUGUGGAAGAUCAUGGCAUACCUUUACAGCUGUCUCGGAUGAAGUUAUCUUCCUUUAUGGCGGAUAUUCUACUGACAAUGUUCCUUUAAGUGAUGCUUGGCAAUUGAAUGUGACCGACAGACAGUGGUCACAGAUAACGGUGCCUUUUUUUAAACCUAGACUAUGGCAUACAGCGUGUUGUUCCACUGAUGGUGAAGUAUUAAUAUUUGGUGGAUGUGAAAAUGAUAUACUCAGAUGGGAUGAAGUUGCAAAACAAUCAAAUGAAGUACUGACUUUCCAACUUAAACCUUAUAGUUUACAAAGAAUAUGUCUACAAACUGUUUACAUACAUUGUUCGCCAGAUAAAUGGACCAUUCUACCUAAACCACUAAAUGACUGGCUAUUGAAGAGGAAAGGACUUGAAAAUACUAAAUUUAUAGACGCAUAUGAGCCAGAUGCUAUAAGACAGGGCAGUACCUGUGUUAUGUGCUAAAAAAUACAUUCACAUAUACUGAUAUAUACUUCUAUAUAGCCAGUUCAUCCAUCCACUUAGGUCAAUAGGGAGAGCAUUAGAAUGUUUGCUCCUCGGGCCGAGUGAAAAUUCUCCGUGACAUUUGAUCUCGGACAGUGAGUCUUUUGGUCAUUUGUCUCUCACGGCAUGUGGGAAUAGUAGAGAAAUUGGUAAUUACUGGUUAGUUUUUGUGGAAAGCCAGUGAAAUGGACCGACUGCCAAGAUACACUGUAUGACCAAAAAUGUGUUUAAAUCACCAUAAAACCAGACAAAUGUUAAGCCAAUGUUUUAUAAAUAAUAGUGUAUUUUCUUACAAUAAACAUUUUACUCGAUGUAUAGAUAUACAUGUAUUGUUCUGCAUGUUAUGGGAUUCAAUGUAUAAAUUAAAGAUUUAUUGUGCCGUAUUUCAUCUGACUUGGUAUAUGAAUUUAAGAUUUAUUUUGUAUGUUACUCAAUGUAUAAAUUUGAUGUUCUGUCAUGAAAUUUGGACACAAUAAAUUAACAUCCUAUUUAACAUGUAUAAAUUCUAGGUUAAAAAUAUAGUGGUUAUUUAGAAGUGAAUAUCAGUAUACUUUAAUCACAAACUACAUUGUCUUUCAUUUAAACUGUAUAAAAACAACCCAUCCACAUCAAGAUGAGUUUUGAUUUCAUCCUCAAGAAUUUAUUUUCAAAAUUUACAUUCAUUUGUAUUUGAUAAAAAAGGGCAUUCAUUCAAACAAUUGGUUUCAGUAUAUGUUACUUCCAAAUUUGAAUAUGUUUUCCUAAUAUUUAAGUCAAACACUAUGGCAUUAGGUUAUAUAACUUCUGUUAAGGACCUCAAGACUUUAUUUUAUUCCUAUGGCAAUUAAUAUUCAACCGUUGUAAACAACCACAAAAUGAUACUACAUGCCAAAUUAUGUCAUUUGGGAUAAAUCACUAGUGUAAAAUCAGAUAUUUUUUCAAGACCAGAAUUUUGCAAAAUCAACAUUUUAAAUUGAUCAAUGACAAAUGUUAGUAAAUUCCUACAUUCAGUUCUUUUGAAUUUAUAUUUGUACAUGUAGAAACUUAACAAAUAUUUAUUUUUGCAUAAUUAGCAAAAUUAAAUCCUCAUGAAAAUUUCUGAUUUUACAGAAAAACAAUAAUUGAGAAAUGUUCUUGUAGCCUUCUGUGAGACAUGAAGUAUUUGUAUAAUUCUUUAAAAAAAAAUAUUUUGAAAAAAAAAAUAUAUAGAAAAUAUGAAAAACUGACACAUUUGUUUUUGUAAGAAAUAAUUUGUAUGAUGAUAAUUCAGAAAAGACAUGCCUAUUUACUUAUUGUCUUCAUUUUUAUAUCCUAUUUGCAUUUGUGUCUACCUUGUUUAUUAGUUAUUCAUUUUUUUUUCUUGCAAAGUUUAUUUUCUCUAACCUCCCUAACGACUUAUUUUCAAGUAUAGUUUUUAACACUUUCAUGCAGUUAGUUUUUUUGUCACAAUGUAAAAUAAAUUAUCUAAGUGAACAUACAAAAGUGUAGUGCCAAAAGUUAAUAAAAUAUCAUGCUGGGCUAUAAAUGUAAUAGCUUUUCAUGCUGCACAGCAAGUGGCUUUAUAGAUAUCUGUUUUAUUAUGUAUUAUCACAUGUACUGUGCAAUGUUAUUGUAUACAUUGUAUUUUAACAUUUUAAUUUGCUCCAUUUUUAGAAGAAAAAUUGGGGCUUUUGUGAUGAGCCACUCGGCAGUGUUGGUUUUGAUUUACCUGUUUGGUUAAGUUUUAAGGUUAUUGCCAUUAACUUGUGUACUAACAAUGCUACUUUAUCAGACCUUAUAAGUUCUAUCCGUCAUACCCAUUUGAGGUCAAAGGUCAAAGUCACCUGUAAUAGCAAAACAUAAAAUUGGUCAUUUAGUCAGAGUGCAUUGCCCAGAAAACUUCAGACU